AUGGCACGAGGGGUUUUUAACCUUUUACAAAAAGAGAUUCUUGGCAGAACAAGGUAUGGUGUGGAAGUUGAAGAGAAGCCAGGGUCAGUUAAAAUUACUUUUUUCUGUCUGAGAAGGCUAUGUCAUUUAUUUGACCAAUUUGAAGACUGUGGUGAAUUUAUCAAGCAGCUAGGCGAAGGAAAGGGACAAAGCAAGCUCAUUGUCAGUGAGGACAAAAAAGGAGUGAUGACCUACAAUGAAAAAGCAGAGUGUCUGCAAGCAAAAUUCCACUAUGGCUACAGGAAUUCGUUUGGCAUUAGGCAACACUGA